GCGGCGGCGGCGGCAGCGGCGGCUGCAGCAGCAACAGCAGCAGAAGCAACAGCAGCAGCAGCAGCCGGGUCCGAGCCGCGCCCCCCAGUAGCCACUGAGUCCCAGCAGCCGCUGAGCCCCAGCCGAUCUCCUCUAGGUCAAACUGUCCCCUUGCCCAGUGUGGCUGCUGCAGGCGCUCGGGUGGCCCCGCCCCCGAAUCCCCCUACUCAACUUCUCCGUUCCCUCUCCUCCUGCCAGCGGCUUUGGGGGCUUCUUCCUUUGCCUGCACAGGCGGGGUCCGGAGAGGGUGGGGGUGAGUGCACGCGCGAGAAAGACGAAAAGGGAAGAAGGGCGCUUUAGAGAGAAGCCGAACCCUGGACUGCCAGGGCUGUGGGACCAUGAUCUGAGGCAGGGGACUGCAGCGAGCGCGGCGAGAGUUGGCUCCGCUCUUUGGAAGAUGAACAACGCAGAUUCACCAAAGCCACCAUUAGCACCAAAGCCCAAGACUGCUGGUCACUUUACACCAGUAACCAUCCCCAAGUUUCCUCCGUCCCCCCGCUCAGAUAUUCUUCAUAGUCCCAACUCUAUGUCUAGAGGCCCUAAACCACCCAUCGCUCCCAAACCCAAGUUGGCCACUACCAACAGGGGGAAAACUCGUGUGUACAUGAACAACACCUUCAACAAAUGCAGCAAUGGGAAAUUGAUCUGUUCAGAUGGAGAGCUAUAUGAAGGGAAUCAGUCCAACCCUGAAUGCUCAGAAUCAGAAGCUGAUGAUGAAUAUAUCUUACUCACUGAAACUCAGUUGAUGAAGAGAGACUCCAAAGUAUCGGAGCAGGAACAGGAGUCUUAUUGUGCAGAGAAUGAGAAGCUGUCAUCGUUGCCAGCAACCAGGGAGGAAGAAACUGAGACAGAAGACCCCUGUUCCAGCAACUGCUCCAGCAGCUUUGAGACAAAGGCAGAAGAGGACUCCCUAAACUCCACUGAGCAAGUAGAUGAUUCAAAUGAACUGCCACAAGGUGGGGACAGUGAGAGGACUGACCAUUCUUUACUAGGGUCCCCGGGGACUGAGACUCAAGAUCCCAUGAAUGAAAACCCUGGGGAAGAUACAGACUGUGAAAAUGACCCAGGUGAAAAGGAGCAGCUUUUCAUGAACAAGGAAGGGGACAGCCUGAUAGAGAACCAAAGUGGAUGCAGUUUGGAAAGGAAGAGGAUCUGUUCCAGUAGAGAGGACUGCAAAGAUAUUGUUUUAAUCCAUAUAGCUUCAGAUGAGCCAGAGGCCAAUGGUGAGCAGCCAGGGGACCCUGAAGAAUCAUUGGAUAUUGGAAAUGCCAACAGUGAAGAGUUUGCAGAACCAACUUCGUCAGAUUGUUGUGGUGGUUCUGAUAUUUCCCCUGCUGAAGGGGAAGCUGAGGGAGAGGGAGAUGAAGCUGAAAAUGGGUGCAGCGAAGGCUUACAUACCUGCAAUGAUCUCAGUGAAACUGGCUUAGCUGGAGAAGAAUCUGAAAUCACAGAGUGGGAAAAUGAAGACACUGUAGCCAAUGGUGAUCAAGAUGCUGAAGCAAAAGAUGACCAAGAAGAAGAGGAAACAGCCAUUCAGGGUGAGGUAGAAGAGCCUCCAGAUUCUGAAGACAUGCUGAAGGAUGAAGUUGCUGAUGAGAACUGCCAGAUCAUUCCUUUUGAAAGUGAAGGUGGUGAUGAACUUUUGGAUUCUCUUGCAGGAAGUUCGUUUGCAUUUCUCCCAACUGAAAGCACAUCUUUUUGCAGUGACAGCUAUUAUCCUCCUUCUGAAUCAGUGAAAGACUCAGAAUCUGGAGCAGAGGUAGACCUGGGGUUAACAUCAUUGGGGUUUCUUGUUACUGGAAGUAGAAUUGAAGCCACCCAUGAAAUGAGAGGAGAAGCAGAUGAUGUUGCUGGAGACGGUGUGACUCUCCCAGAGCAGAUGCAAGAUGAUGAGCAGGCUUCUGUGACUGGACUUAUAAAUAAUCAAAAUGGAUCUCCAGAGGUUCCUGCAGUAGUCAUUGUGCCAGAGGAAACCCCUGAUGAUGAAACAGUAGAUGAUUCCCUCAUUGACCCCUAUGUGAUGGGAGUCAGCCUGAUCCACCGGGAUGAGAAUACUUUUCCAGGAGGAAGGGGAUACUCUGAAACAAAAGGCGAAGAAGGCAUUCAGGGCAGCUGUAGCACUAAAGAAGAAAUUAACGCUGAUGCUAAUGCUGACAAUGGCCUGAUUACCAUAGAUCGGAAAAACAUUGUCACAAGGGCCCGGUCUCACUCCGGGAAAGUGCCUGGCUAUGUCCCGGAAACCGUUCCUGAAGAAACAGGGCCAGAGACUGACUUACUAACCAAGGACAGCAGGCAAGAAGGAAACAAGAUUCGGCUGCCAAUGGAAGGGAAACCAUUAGAUCUCAACAGAGCCUUGCCAGCCAAGCCUAGAAGCUUUAUCUUAUAUCCUAGGUCUUUCUCAGUGGAAGGUCGAGAUCUUCCUGUUUCCUUGUAUAGAGAGUUGGAAGAAUCUAUGUUGGAUGAUGGUAGGAUAAAAAGGAAAGAGGAUAAUCUUUCUUUGCCUUGUGUUAUUGGGUCCUCGGGGAGCUUCUCCCAAAGAAGCCAUCUUUCUUCUAGCGGCAUGUCUACCCCCUCCUCCGUUGUGGAUAUCCCACCUCCUUUUGACCUGGCCUGCAUCACAAAAAAGCCAAUUACAAAGAGUUCCCCUUCCCUUCUGAUUGAUAAUGACUCUCCUGAUAAAUAUACGAAGAAGAAAAAAUCAUCAUUUAAGAAGUUCCUAGCCCUGACGUUCAAAAAAAGGACAGAGAACAAAGUCCAUGUGGAUGUCAAUGUUUCCUCUUCAAGAUCCUCUUCAGAAUCCAGUUACCACGGGCCCUCGAGGCUCCUAGAAAUCGACAGGAGGAGCCUCAGUAAUUCUCCUCAGUUCAAGUCUAGAUCGGGCAAGCUCCGAGCUUCAGACUCUCCCUCCUCCAUCAUCUUUUACAGAGACAUGAAGAGGAAAGGGGCCCAAUUCAGCCGGAGUGUGUCCAGAGUGGAGUCAUUCGAAGACCGCUCCAGGCCUCCUUUCCUGCCCCUUCCUUUGACAAAGCCAAGGUCCAUAUCAUUUCCCAACGCAGACACUUCGGAUUAUGAGAACAUCCCAGCGAUGAACUCGGAUUAUGAAAAUAUCCAAAUCCCGCCUCGGAGACCUGCGAGGGCUGGAACGUUUACCAAGCUUUUUGAAGAUCCCAGCAGAGCACUGUCAACAGCAAAUGAGAACGAUGGCUAUGUGGACAUGAGUAGUUUUAAUGCCUUUGAGAACAAGCAGCAGACCACAGAUCAGGAAACAGAAAGUGCCUACACAGAACCAUACAAGGUCUGCCCUAUCUCAGUGGUGCCCACAGAGGAUGUCACAUCGGAUGAGGAGCAGAAAUCCUCAGAAGAAGAAGAGAGCAGCCAGCGGGAGCCAGGUCUCACCCACAAGAAGGAAGGACAAUCCCGAGCUUAUGUCAUCGCUCAGGAGCUGCUGUCUUCGGAGAAAGUAUACGGGCAGGUGCUGCAACACUUAAUGCUGGAUUUCCAUGAGGCAAUACUAAAAGCCCUAAAUGAAGAAACAGAAGACAAUGAAGAGUCCCUGGCCAGAAGUGAGCUGCGACAAGGCUUGAGUGAGCUUCCAGCCAUCUAUGAACUGCACCAAGAGAUCCUGAGUGAACUGGAAGAGAGAAUCCUGAACUGGGAGGAACAGCCAAAGGUAGCUGAUAUUUUCCUCACCAGGGAACCAAAAUUCGACCACCAUGUGGCUUAUAUCAUGAAGUUUGAUAAGAAUUUGGGUCUACUCAAUGGAAACUGCAUCAAGUCUUCCCAAUUGGCCACCACCAUCCGAGAAUUUGAGAAUCCUCAAAGUGGUGGCCAGGGUGUGAAGCAUCAGCUCCUGAAGGUGGUAGAGCACAUCUUCCAGUAUCAAGUUCUCCUCACAGAUUAUUUGAAUAACCUUUGUCCAGACUCAGCAGAAUAUGAAAAUACCCAAGAUGCUCUGGCCCUCAUCUCCAAAGUCACAGAUCGAGCUAAUGACAGCAUGGAGCAAGGGGAAAACCUCCAGAAGUUGGUCCACAUUGAGCACAGCGUCAGAGGCCAGAACAACCUCCUCCAGCCAGGAAGGGAAUUUCUGAAAGAAGGGACUUUGAUGAAAGUGACAGGAAAGUCCAGACACCCUCGGCAUCUGUUCUUGAUGAAUGACGUCCUUCUUUACACAUUCCCCCAGAAGGAUGGCAAAUAUCGCCUGAAGAACACACUGGCUGUGUCCAGCAUGAGGGUCAGCCGCCCUGUGAUGGAAAAAGUCCCGUAUGCACUGAAGAUAGAGUCAUCUGAGUCCUGCUUGAUGCUGUCUGCAAGCUCAUGCUCUGAGCGGGAUGAAUGGUACAGCUGCCUCAGCAGAGCUCUGCCAGAGGACUACAAAAUACACACCCUCGCUGCCUUCCAUAACAGCGUUGAGAUUCGAGAAAGGCUGGGCAUCUCUCUGGGUGAAAGGCCUCCUACCUUGGUGCCUGUGUCCCACGUAAUGAUGUGUAUGAAUUGUGGCUGUGACUUCUCGCUUACCCUGAGACGCCAUCACUGUCAUGCUUGCGGAAAGAUCGUUUGUCGAAACUGUUCCAGAAAUAAAUAUCCUCUGAAGUACCUCAAGGACCGACUGGCCAAAGUCUGUGAUGGCUGCUACGCAGAACUGAAGAAAAGAGGGGGAGAUAUCCCAGUGUUGUUGAAAGAGCGGCCAGUGAGCAUGAGCUUCCCCAUGUCAUCAUCCAGGUUUUCCAGUGGUGCUUUUUCUUCUGUCUUCCACAGCAUUAAUCCCUCAGCCUUCAAGAAACAAAAGAAAAUCCCUUCAGCUCUUACAGAGGUGGCUGCCUCCGGAGAGGGUUCUGCGAUCAGCGGCUAUCUGAGCAGGCGUAAGAAAGGCAAGCGGCACUGGAAGACACUUUGGUUUGUCAUCAAAGGCAAAGUCCUCUACACCUAUAUGGCCAGUGAGGAUAAAGUAGCUACAGAGAGCAUACCUUUGCUGGGUUUCACCAUCGCCCCAGAAGAAGGAAACCGAGAAUUAGGUCUCGUUUUUCAUCUUUACCAUAAGCAAACUCUGUUUUACAGCUUCAAAGCAGAGGAUAUCAAUUCAGCACAAAGAUGGGUUGAAGCCAUGAAAGAAGCAACUGUAUUAUAGCAGUUAUCAUUCAAAUGGACUUGGACUAGAGACUCUUAGAUUUAUAUAGGUCCCCAAAAGACCCUUCUUCAAGAAGCUCUAUAUGGUGUAUUUCAAUUCAUCUGGACAUACACACUGGAUUGGAAAAGCGGGUCUUCUCUUUUUUUUAUCUUUUUUUUUUUUGCUUCAACCCCCUUUGAUAUACAAUUUCAAAAGUGAAAAUUUUAAUAUAAGUAAUAUUUAUGGUCCCCCUCCUUUCAUCUUCACAUGUUUGGCCUAUGCUCUGAUUUCCUUCCUUGUCCAUUAGGAAGCUGGUAUAAUAACAUAAGGGAAUGGAAUGCAACUUGAUAAAGAGAAUUGUUAAAUAAGUCAGAUACAUGAGCAGUACUGGAUAGUUAGUAGAAAAUGAGGCUUUUUAAAAGUUUUACUUAUUGUGAAAUACUAUAACUCUUAAUUUGGUGGAUUUGGGUGCCUACGAUGAAGUAAAAAAAAAACAAAAAAAAACGAUGCAGAAAUAGCCAAUCUCAUUUAAAGCACUUUAUUGUUUUACUUAAUUGCAGUCUAUAUCAGGUUUGUUUUUUUUUUUUUUUCAUGUAAUUUACUUAAGUAAAUAACAGAUAGAGUCCUGUGGACUAAUUUGCCACCAGUACUAUUCCAAGUACUAGCAUAAAAUUGUAUCCUGCAUAUGAGUAAUCAUUCUCCCUUACAAUGGGGAAAUAAAUGUAUGUCGCACCCCAUGAUACAAUAGAAUAUCUGUACUUCAGUGGCAAGGGUCAGGAUAUUUUCUCUCUUCCCAUUUAUAAGUGUUACAUAAAUAAUGGAAUAAUUUAUUGAGGGAGAGAUUCCUUCCUUUCCACUGAAGCACUUAAAACUGCACUAAUCCUGAAAACUUAAAUGUUAGCUAAUACCGCCUUCCCUGAAGAUCACAUGGGAGGCCCCAAGAAUCAAAGGGACCUUUUAAUUUAUUGUAUGCCUUCCUACGAUUUAAAUCUGAUGCCACUCUCAUUGUUAGUAUUGUAUUUAAUAGAACCUAUACUUAUAUUAGAAAUUUAUUAAGGCUUACUGUGUUUAAAGAGAGAGAGAAAAGAGCAAAUGUAAUAGGUUAAUUCAUUUUCUUAGCAAAUGGUUCUAGACAUUUGGAAUGAGCCUAAAGUACUUGUUAGAAGGUUGCUUGGUGGAAGAUGCUUCUGAAUUCCUGGGGCUAAAAUCAUUUUGUGCUGACUGCUAUUGAUCAUUAGGUUUUCCCGGUUUUACACAUACAUGUGUAUGUAUCAAAUUGGGCUGAGGGUGGGAUGGGCAGAGGGAGGGAUUCAUGUUAUUCUCAUUGCAAUUAAAAAAAAAAUCUAGCAUCAUUUACUGAUAAGCUAUCCAAAAACCCAAAAGACAUUUAUGUAUAAACCUUUGUAUAAAGUACCAUUUCAAAGAGUUAGCCACAUUCAACGUUUUCAGGGGAAAAUUUCCUUUCUAAAUGCAUUUCUUUCUUUAAAUGUUUGCAUUAAAAGUUGAAUUAUUGAUUCAAAAGAUAA